CCACCUUUGAAUUUACUAUAUGAGUAAAUUGUCAAACACGUCCGAAUUUAUCAAUAUAGUAAAUUCGCGACACAUGUUGAGCCCUAACACUAAUCUUAAUCUAACCCUAACCCUAACCUAAUCUUUUUUUUUUAAAUCUCAUUAAAAAUCAUUACCAUUAUCGUCGACACCAUGAUCAUUACCACCACCAUCGUACUAUCAUCACUCAACACGUUCAUCAUCACCAUCGCACCUAAAUCACCAUCAAUCAUUCAAGCAAAUAUUUUUUCCUAUCAUAUAGAUGACCCUAACUGAUGUUGCCAAGACGAAAGGUUAUGGAAAAUUCGUUCAACUCUUAACUGUAAGCGUGCUGUAAACAUAUAAAAAAAUGUUUUGUAUUGUCUAAAGCAAGCCUAUGAAUGCCAGGAUUAUAAGGAUUUUUAUAGAUGCAAAUUUCCAGCGGAAGAUUGUGUACAAUUUUGGACCAAACUAGGAGGAGUUGCAACGUAUGCAACUAUAGGCUACUGAGGGCUGUUGUUGAGCUAUAAAUACGACCUAUAUACUGUAUACCUUCAAUAAUGAAUUGUGAAUUGUGAAUGGAAAGAAAUUUUGUAAAAUGUGAUUGGCCGACACAAAUUUUCCGUCGGAAAAAAGUUCGAAGUAAAAGAAAAUGUUGAAGUUGAAAAUUUUCAACUUUUAACAAUGAUAUUUUCAGAAACUUUUCUGUCCGUGGAAAUUUUUCUUGAGUGAUAUUGGGCCUUAACAAGGGCCUAUACAUUGCAUUUCUUUAUACUAAAUAGGUUUACUAUUUCCAAAGGUUCAGACAACUGCAGCAUACUGUAUUUCGUGAAUUGAACCCCAUGAAUGAACCUAUGUUCCGUGUAAGAUCGAUUAGCUCCAUUUGACUUUGAUCUUAUCAUUGUGUUAAGGAUGCUGAUAUGUUGGAUAUUGCAUCAAAUAUUUAUUAUCGACCGCAUACGACGUUCUGGCCAAGUGACGAAGCAUUUUCUCGUCUACCAGCGGACAUCCAAGGACAACUGUCUCACAAGGAUUAUGCAAGAGAUAUCAUUAACUAUCACAUCAUUGAAAAAACAAAGGUAUGCAUCGGCCUCGUUUACACGGAAACGGAUAGUUCUCCGUAGCGACGUGAAAAAAUACUUAUCCGUACCUUUUAGGAACGUUAUUUUCAGAGGAAUUAUUGCAACGGAGAGAUAUUGUUUCGCUCAGCUUCUGAAAGUUGUACAUUCCGCAUUGAAUAGGUGAUUUUUAGCGCGAAGCUCGGAAAGCUAUUUAUCUUGACAAACUAACAAACUCACUACGCCAAACCACAGAAUAAAGAUCCAUAUACAGAAGGGCCGCUUGCGUCGGAAUCUUUGAAGUUUCCGUCCUCGCGCAUGUCGCAUUACGCAUGUUGGCCGCCAUUUUCCUAGCCAGUCAAUGACAUUUUUUGGCCAAUAAACACGCUGUACUGGCUGGCUGCUCCGCCUUCUGGCCAGUAAACUGCAUAUUUUUGCGUAAAAAAACGCGGACACGUUGCACCGCUGAGUGGCCCUUCUGUUACUGAUCUUUAUUCUGUGGCCAAACUUUGUUUGGGCACUGCAAUUGUUAGAUCAUUUUUAAAGUCGAUUUAGACUACACAACUUUUGCCUAAAACUGUCGCAUGCAACCUGCUUACAACUUGAGUUGUACUGUGUUAAUCAAGCACACAACUCACAAACGACAACGUAAGCAAGUUGUGUACUUGAUUUACACAGUACAACUCAAGUUGUAAGCAGGUUUGCAUGCGACAAUUUUGGGCAAAAGUUGUGUAGUCUAAAUGGCCUGUAGGAUAGGGUAAACCUGGGCUUAUUGUGGUUCAUUAGCUCAACUUCACAUGAUAUUGUUUUCAGAUUACUACAAAAGACAUUCUUAGCUAUGCUGGCGGACUGUCAAGACGUACUCGUGAAGGCUCGCCAUUGUACAUUUCAUGCAAAGGACACAAGGUAUUGUGAGCGAUGUUAUUUUAGCAGGGAUUCUCAAACUCUUUUAACUUGUCAAUAACAACAUGAAAACACACAAGUUACGACCGAGGUUAUGACUGAAAACGAAUAUAAAACUAUGUAGUAAAGCCAAAAAGUUCAUACAUGUCGCACAUAUCUUAUACCAAACGACCGACAGUUAUCUGUUUUCUUGGCGUUAUCCCGAGUUAGCAUGCAAAACUAAAUAUAUUUGCAUUUCUAAGCAAGAAAACACAACAUAUAUUUGAUGUUUCGACGAGACUAAAUUAAAAACUUUUUGUGCGUGUUUUUUUUGGAGAUGCGCCUGCGAAAACAUGUACGCGCAUGUCAAUUCAUUAAUCUUGCAGAGUGUGAAAAACUUUGGCCGCACGAAAUAAAACCGUGAUUAUUUCCAAAACGAGUUCGGUAAGGUACCCUGAAAAUUUGUACAUGAGUAGAUACAUACUUCAAGAUUCCACGAUGGAAAAAUAAAAAAAAAAUUGAAAAAAAAAAAUCGAAAUUUAAUUCUAAAGAAUUGAGUUUGAGUCGACAGAUUUUUUUUAAACUUCCCAGAAAUGUUUCUCGACACUAACAUAACUGAUUUAUUAAAAAAAAAUUGGGGUCUCCGAACUCAUUUUUGAAAAAAACUUGAAAGGCUGCGAUAUUUUCGGCUAUUUAUUGUUACCAUUAUUCGUUAUAGUUGUCAUGGAAACGCGACUUUUAUCAUAUCCUUCUUGUUUGCGACACGUCUUACUAUGUGUUACAAUUAUAAGUAAAACUUAACCUUGUAAAAGCAUUUAAACAGAAAAUAUUCAACUUUAGCUUCUUUGGCUAAAAGUGUAUUGAGCCACCUUAAACUUGAGUAGCAAAACAUGUAUGAUACAUAGAUAUCUUAUAUACACUAGAUAGUGCAUCUAAUUAUUCUGCAAUUGAAAAAUUGAAGCCGUGAUUGCAGACUCGGGAUAUUCCCAUGAAAUGAGAAGACUCGUAUGUUUUCUAUUUCUUAAACAUUAAGUUAAACCUGUUCCAAAUACAUUUUCAAACUAUUCAAAUGAUGAAAGUUAUUGUUGUUUUUUAAGCAUUUAUUAGCGAGUGGGAAACUCCAACAUGGCCGCCAUCUAUAUUCAAAUGGGGGUAACCGCUGGAAUAUUCUUGGCUUCAAUUUUACUAAAAGAGAUGCGCUAUCUAGUUUAUAUGGUCUGAUAUUAAACCUGGUUGCAUGAAGACACUAGACUGGAGUAUUGAAACGUUGGAUCGUGAAUGUAAUUCGUUCAGGGAUUACAAUCAUUUACUUAAACCAGAGUAGCAAAACAUGUCUGAUAUUAUACCUGGUUGCAUGAAGACACUAGACUGGAGUGUUGAAACGUUGGAUCGUGAAUGUAAUUUGUUCAGGAAUUACAUUCAUUUACUUCAACCAGAGUAGCAAAACAUGUCUGAUAUUAAACCUGGUUGCAUGAAGACACUAGAUUGGAGUUUUGAAACGUUGGAUCGUGAAUGUAAUUUGUUCAGGGAUUACAUUCAUUUACUUAAACAGAGUAGCAAAACAUGUUUGAUAUUAUACCUGGUUGCAUGAAGACACUAGACUGGAGUAUUGAAACGUUGGAUCGUGAAUGUAAUUUGUUCAGGGAUUACAUUCAUUUACUUAAACAGAGUAGCAAAACAUGUCUGAUAUUAUACCUGGUUGCAUGAAGACACUAGACUGGAGUGUUGAAACGUUGGAUCGUGAAUGUAAUUUGUUCAGGAAUUACAUUCAUUUACUUCAACCAGAGUAGCAAAACAUGUCUGAUAUUAUACCUGGUUGCAUGAAGACACUGGACUGGAGUGUUGAAACGUUGGAUCGUGAAUGUAAUUUGUUCAGGAAUUACAUUCAUUUACUUCAACCAGAGUAGCAAAACAUGUCUGAUAUUAAACCUGGUUGCAUGAAGACACUAGAUUGGAGUGUUGAAACGUUGGAUCGUGAAUGUAAUUUGUUCAGGGAUUACAUUCAUUUACUUAAACAGAGUAGCAAAACAUGUUUGAUAUUAUACCUGGUUGCAUGAAGACACUAGACUGGAGUAUUGAAACGUUGGAUCGUGAAUGUAAUUUGUUCAGGGAUUACAUUCAUUUACUUAAACAGAGUAGCAAAACAUGUCUGAUAUUAAACCUGGUUGCAUGAAGACACUAGACUGGAGUAUUGAAACGUUGGAUCGUGAAUGUGAUUUGUUCAGGGAUUACAUUUAUUUACUUAAACCAGAGUAGCAAAACAUGUCUGAUAUUAUACCUGGUUGCCGUUAUAAAAGUUAAAAUUUUUUAUCAUUUCUUUAGGGCGAUUUAUAUGUGAACGAUCGAAGUAAGAUAAUUGAACGCGAUAUUGGGUAUCAGGGGGGUAUUGCGUUUGGAGUUUCUGAAGUCCUUCUACCCCCUGGCGUCGCUGGACGAUGUGACGAAAUCAAAUAUGAGCAAGUGAAUGUAAGGUUUAUAUAUUUUAGAGUAAUAAGGGAGCUAUCCAUAUAGUAUGUAGAACUGAUAGAACUAUCCAGUAUCAAUAAAGUUAGUUUAGUUUAGGUUUCUUCCUGUAGUAACACUGGAUCCGUAAGAUAUGAUCCUUACUGGACCUGUAGAAAGAACAGUUUAGAACUGAUAGAGCUAUCCACUAUAAAUAAAGUUAGUUUAGUUUAGUUUAGGUUUCCUCCUGUAGUAACACCGGAUCAAUAAGACAUGAUCCUUACUGGACCUCUAGGAAGAACAGUUUAGAACUGAUAGAGCUAUCCAGUAUAAAUAAAGUUAGUUUAGUUUAGGUUUCCUCCUGUAGUAACACUGGAUCAAUAAGAGAUGAUCCUUACUGGACCUCUAGGAAGAACAGUUUAGAACUGAUAGAGUUAUCGAGUAUAAAUAAAGUUACUUUAGUUUAGGUUUCCUCCUGUAGUAACACUGGAUGAAUAAGAGAUGAUCCUUACUGGACCUCUAAAAAGAACAGUUUAGAACUGAUAGAGGUAUCCAGUAUAAAUAAAGUUAGUUUAGUUUAGGUUUCCUCCUGUAGUAACACUGGAUCAAUAAGAGAUGAUCCUUACUGGACCUCUAGGAAGAACAGCUUAGAACUGAUAGAGCUAUCCAGUAUAAAUAAAGUUAGUUUAGUUUAGGUUUCCUCCUGUAGUAACACUGGAUCAAUAAGAGAUGAUCCUUACUGGACCGCUAGGAAGAACAGUUUAGAACUGAUAGAGCUAUCCAGUAUAAAUAAAGUUAGUUUAGCUUAGGUUUCCUCCUGUAGUAACACUGGAUCAAUAAGAGAUGAUCCUUACUGGACCUCUAGGAAGAACAGUUUAGAACUGAUAGAGCUAUCCAGUAUAAAUAAAGUUAGUUUAGUUUAGGUUUCCUCCUAUAGUAACACUGGAUCAAUAAGAGAUGAUCCUUACUGGACCUCUAAGAAGAACAGUUUAGAACUGAAAGAGCUAUCUAGUAUAAAUAAAGUUAGUUUAGUUUUCCUCCUGUAGUAACACUGGAUCAAUAAGAGAUGAUCCUUACUGGACCUCUAGGAAGAACAGUUUAGAACUGAUAGAGCUAUCCAGUAUAAAUAAAGUUAGUUUAGUUUCUUCCUAUAGUAACACUGGAUCAGUAAGAGUUGAUCCUUACUGGACCUCUAGGAAGAACAGUUUAGAACUGAUAGAGCUAUCCAGUAUAAAUAAAAUUAGUUUAGUUUAGGUUUCCUUCUGUAGUAACACUGGAUCAAUAAGAGAUGAUCCUUACUGGACCUCUAGGAAGAACAGUUUGGAACUGAUAGAGCUAUCCAGUAUAAAUAAAGUUAGUUUAGUUUAGGUUUCCUCCUGUAGCAACACUGGAUGAAUAAGAGAUGAUACUUACUGGACCGCUAGGAAGAACAGUUUAGAACUGAUAGAGCUAUCCAGUAUAAAUGAACAUACUGUUCUUAUAUCACAGGGCUCCUGUACGGCAUGUGGAGACAACGGAUUUUGUCCGGCCGACGCUAUUGUAGAGGUAAAUCAGAUGUUUUCUUGUAGCAAAAAUUGUUUGAUGUUGGUUACAUGAAGACACUAGACUGGAGUGUUGGAACGUUGGGUCAUGAAUGUAAUUUGAAGGAGGAUGCAUUUACCUACGAGGUUGAACAUGGCCGACAAUUUCUUGCUCUCUGUUUAGAGUGUGGAUAAAAACUCAUCGUGUGUGUAUCAAGGGCAGUAUAUUGGAUGUUUAUCUCGCUGUCUCAAACGAACAAAAGUCCAGAAAUGUUGCAACAAUUUCUAUGGUGCAGAUUGUCGGGGUACAUUAUGUAUUCAUUUUUAAAUCAAUGGUGUUUCUUGCAAACUGAUUAACUUUUAGAAGUGCGACUAAUUUCAACCAGAAGGCUUAGUUCAGACACAAACCACGACAGCUUAUUGUAGAAUACUACCUACACUUGACCACCACGUUUGAGAUAUCUUUUUCAGGUAGUUCAGACACAAACCACGACAGCUUAUUGUAGAAUACUACCUACACUGGACAACCACGUUUGAGAUAUAUUUUUCAGGUAGUUCAGGCACAAACCACGACAGCUUAUUGUAGAAUACUACCUACACUGGACCACCACGUUUGAGAUAUCUUUUUCAGGUAGUUCAGACACAAACCACGGCAGCUUAUUGCAUGUAGAAUAUUACCUACACUGGACCACCACGUUUGAGAUAUCUUUUUCAGGUAGUUCAGACACAAACCCCGGCAGCUUAUUGCAUGUAGAAUAUUACCUACACUGGACCACCAAGUUCAAACACAAACCACGGCAGCUUAUUGUAGAAUACUAUACCUGCACUGGACCACCACGUUUGAGAUAUCUUUUCAGGUAGUUCAGACACAAACCACGACAAGCUUACUAAACAAUAAUUGUGUUAUAAUAUUUUAAUCAGCGUGUCCAGGUGGCUUUAAUCCUUGCAGUGGUCGUGGUUUGUGCGCUGACGGUAUUUCUGGAAUUGGCAACUGCACUUGUGUUGAACCAUUCAUUGGAUGGAAUUGUGACAUUUGCAGGAAUGACAGUCAUAAUUGUAGUAAGUUUUCAUUUUCACUACCUGGGUAUCUUUGUUUCAAACACCUCGUCGAUGGACAAACAAGAAAAGAUUGUUUCCAAGUGAUGGUUGAUGUUGAUGAUUAGGUGAUCGAUUGAUUAUUAAGGUCGAUUGAUUGAUUUUUGAUUAAUUAAUCAAAUCAUUUUUGAUCGAUUUUUUUUUAGUCGAUUGAUUGAUUUUUGAUUGAUUGAUCAAUCAUUAGUGAAUGGUUGAAUUGAUUAUUGGUUGAUUAUUUGUUGAUUAUUGAUUGAUUAGUGGUUGGUUAUGGAUUGGUUAUUGGUAGAUUAUUGAUUAUUAUUGAUUGAUUAGUGCUUGAUUACUGAUUGAUUACUAAUGCUUUUUUAAUUAAUUAUUAAUUCUUUAUUGGUUUAUUAUUGGUUGAUUAUUGAUUUUCAUAUUGGUUGAUUAUUGAUUGUUGAUUAUUUAUUAAGGGCUUCGCUGGGCAAGUGGUUAGCGCACUUGCCUUUCACCUCUGAGGCCGCAGGAUCAAAUCUCAGUGAGAACUUCUCAAUGCGACUCGAACCCAGUCCUCAUGUGGAAAGAGUAAAAGUCAACGUUCCGCCGAAAGUUGUGGGUUUUCCCCGGGUACUCCGGUUCCCUCCCACAGGGAAAGUUGACAGGGUGGGUUAGGUAAAAAGGGCCCACAGUAAUGCAUAUAUGCUGUUGUGGUGACCCUGCCCUAGUUGGCAAAGCUAAAUAAAUAAAUGAAUCAUUGAUUGAUUAUUGGUUGAUUAUUUGAUAGACUAUUGAUUAAUUAUUGAUUGUUCCUCAUUGUAGGUAUAAUUGUUCCAAGAAUUUGCACAAGUCGGUAUAAUCCCUGUUCAAUAUUUGCGACAUGUGAUGCAAGGAGAACGCCAUUAUGUCAGUGUUUCUCGGGCUACGAGGGUGAUGGAUAUUAUUGUCAGGAAAUUGAUAAAUGUCAAAAAAAACAUGGAGGAUGCAGCAAGCAUGCGAUCUGCAGAUACACUGGACCAGUAAGUAAAAAUAUAUCACAUACACGGACAAAACGCUGAAAAUGUGUUGAAAAACAAGUCGACUAGAACAGCUUGGAACUGAUCGAGUUAGUCAGUAUACAUAAUUAAAUUAAAUUACUUUAGUUUAGAUCUCUUUAUGUAGUAACACUGGAUCAAUAAUAGAUCAUCCUUACUGGACCUGCAGAGAGAACAGUUUAGAACUGAUAGAGAUAUCCAGUAUGAAUAAAGUUAGUUUAGUUUAGGUUUCCUUCUGUAGUAACACUGGAUCAAUAAGAGAUGAUCCUUACUGGAUCUCUAGGGUGAACAGUUUAGAACUGAUAGAGCUAUCCAGUAUAAAUAAAGUUAGUUUUGUUUAGGUUUCCUCCUGUAGUAACACUAGAUCAAUAAGAGAUGAUGCUGACUGGACCUCUAGGAUGAACAGUUUAGAACUGAUAGAGCUAUCCAGUAUAAAUAAAGUUAGUUUAGUUUAGGUUUCCUUCUGUAGUAACACUGGAUCAAUAAGAGAUGAAUCUGACUGGACCUCUAGGAAGAACGGUUUAGAACUGAUAGAGCUAUCCAGUAUAAAUAAAGUUAGUUUAGUUUAGGUUUCCUCCUGUAAUAACACUGGAUCAAUAACAGAUGAUCCUUACUGGACCUCUAUGAAGGAAAGUGUAAAGCUUAUCCAGUAUAAAUAAAGCCAGUUUAAUAUGGACUCUAAUUAGCUCGUCUUAUGCAUUCAUAUUUAGAAUUCAGCUUCCUGUGAAUGUCGUUCCGGUUACGUCGGUGAUGGCCAUACAUGUACAGCGUUAUCUCCCUCACAUCCAUGCGUGAUAAACAAUGGGAACUGCCAUACACAUGCGCAGUGCACUGAUAAAGGUAACCUUGAAUCGUCUCCACGCAGGAAAUACUUGACGGAUUCAACACAUCAAAUUUGUUCAUUUAUCUUGUUAGAUGGCGCUGCUCAUUGUCGUUGUCGGCAGAAUUUUGUUGGUACCGGAAUAUUCUGUGCAGGAACUGUGAAAGAUGUAAGUCUGACUUUUUAUUUUUCAAUAUAUCUUUCAAUUUUUCUUUAAAAGUUAAUGUAGUAAGUAAUUAUUUAAGUACUAUUUAAAACAUGAACAGCAGUGUUUUACCUGAUAGAAAGAUACGAGGCGAAGCCAAGUAUCUUUAGGUUUGAUAAAACACGCACUGCGAAUGUUUUAAUCGAUCUAGUAAGUUCAUUGGCGAAGUAAUUUUCAAAAAAUACGUUGUGUAAGUCGAGAAAAUCAAAGUUAAAGUUUAUGUAAAUCAAGGGAAAUUUCUAUCACAUAUAAAGAUACGACACGCUUAUGAUUUUUCUUUGUGUUUUCUUCAUGAAUUAUUAAUAAAGUUAAGAUAUCCUAUAGUGGUGCAAGUCUUUUCAAUUCCUUUCAAUUCCUUUACUUGAAAAUUAUACGGUGUCAUCUUUUGCAAAUAAAACUUAAAGAUGCUUGUGAUGUUACUCUGAAUGUAUAUCCACACCGGGCAGGCUUGAAAAAUAUGCCUGGCCACGGUGCGAAUCGCACCUACGACCUUUGGAAUACUAGAACAAUGCUCUGCCAACUGAGCUACGCGGUUAGGUCGGUUCGAGUAUGUGAUAUUUCGGAACUGAGUUUAGUUCCUUCGAUAUCAAUGUAAUCUAGCAAUCAUGAUAUUUUCUGUGUUGGUGCAAUGUACUCAGGUGAAUAAGAUGCUUGUGAUGUUACUCUGAGUGUAUAUCCACACCGGGCAGGCUCGAAAUAUAUGCCUGGGCACGGUGGGAAUCGAACCUACGACCUUUGGAAUACUAUUGACAAACAGGAAAUUUUUUCGUCUAAAUUAUUUCUGAGCAUACCGACGCUCUGUUUGAAAAUCAAUUAAUAUCGUAUUUUUGUUUUUAGGUCAUAUAUGACAUGGAAGAACUGAGUGAGUUUUCCAAGGUAAUGUUCUUCUUCGUAACUUUCUAAGACACGCCCUGUUAUGGGGAAAUAUUUGAGAUAUGAUCUCGAACGAUCUUUGCAAGCAGUGCUUAAUAUAUAGGCGUACGUACGUGCGAUUGUACGCCGAAAUUACCUAGUUGGCGUACGCCAAUAAUUUCAGACAGGUACGCACCGUUAACCCUUUCUGUUUGCUGUAAAAUCCUUCAGACAAUAGAGAGUUUUAGCUUGACGUUUACGGCAAACGUCAAACCGCUAACGAAGUUUUUGAUUUUGCAAGUCUAUUAUAACAGCUUUUACACCAGUUUUGAAAUAUAAACAUGUAUUAAACUUGUGCUCUUUAGCAAUGAUUUAAAAGAAAGCAAAUUAACCACUAGUCACGUAUUCGCGAAAGCAGUAAAUUAUGAUUUGGCGUUUGAAGUUUACGUUUGGCGUAUAAAUUUCAUGCUUUAACGACUAUACAAGCCCUCAUAGCAGUUCAAGCAUGAAAUUUAUACGCCAAACGUAAACUUCAAACGCCAAAUCAUAAUUUACUGCUUUCGCGAAUACGUGUCUAGUGGUUAAUUUGCUUUCUUUUAAAUCAUUGCUAAAGAGCACAAAUUUAAUAAUUGUUUAUAUUUCAAAACUGGUGUAAAAGCUGUUAUAAUAGAGUUGUAAAAUCAAAAACUUUGUUAGCGGUUUGACGUUUGCAGUAAACGUCAAGUUAAAACUCUCUAAUGAACAAACAUCCGCCUCUAAUCCCUGAUUCUGAAAUAUCCAUAUAUUUAUAACCAUGAAACAUUGAUCUAGAAACAUCGAGUUCACUGCCUGAAUCCCGGUCUGCUAUGUUUGUUUACAUCGUUCAAAUCUAGCAUUUCAAACGCAUUUCUAUACGGGAAUUUUAUACGAAAACUAGUAUACAAAAUCGUGCGUCAACAUCGAUUAAACGUACGGCAACUUAAUACAGAGCGUACGGCAUUUCUGCAUGAUUUAUUUUUUCUGCCUAUUGAGCGUUACGAUGUGAUUACUUUUAUUGUUUUUACAGAAUUUGAAAAGGUUAUCCUGGGGUGUUGAGGGACAUGCCAUUAUUCGCCGUCUUUCAAGUGAAAAAGAGUACACUGUUUUUGUCCCAAUCAAUUAUGGCUUCACUCUUAAGGUAUGUCAUUUAAAACGUGAAGUUUUGAGGAAACUUUUCUAGCCAUGUUUUCCGAAAGUCAACAAACCAGGAAACAACCAUGUUUCCCAAAGCUGAACAAACCAGGAAACAUUGUUUCCUAGCCAUGUUUCCCAAAGGUGGACAAACCAGGAAACAUUGUUUCCCAGCCAUGUUUCCCAAAGGUGGACAAACCAGGAAACAUUGUUUCCUAGCCAUAUUUCCCAAAGGUGGACAAACCAGGAAACAUUGUUUCCUAGCCAUAUUUCCCAAAGGUGGUCAAACCAGGAAACAUUGUUUCCCAGCCAUGUUUCCCAAAGGUGGACAAACCAGGAAACAUUGUUUCCCAACCAUGUUUCCCAAAGGUGGACAAACCAGGAAACAUUGUUUCCUAGCCAUGUUUCCCAAAGGUGGACAAACCAGGAAACAUUGUUUCCUAGCCAUGUUUCCCAAAGGUGGACAAACUAGGUGGGACCAUCAAGAAUGACGUUAUUUUUUUUUCUAGAGCAUGAAUAUAAACCAACUAAAAAACCAUAUUGUUGAAGGCAAGAUUUCGUUGAAACCUGGGACAACAAAAACCGUCAGUAGUUUGGCAAGGAACAAUAUUACUAUUGUUGUGUCAAAAAAUGUAAGUCCGCUCCAUCAGUUCAGAACUCUAUUUCCUUGGAAAUUCGGCAAGGAUCAUCCCUUACUGGACGUUAUUUAUACUGGAAAGCUCUCUCACUUCUAGGAGGUCUAGUAUUCCUUAUAGGUCUAGUCUUACUGCAGGAGGAAACCUAAACUAGACUAACCUUAGAUAGCCCUAUCAAUUCCAAACCGUUCUUCCUAGAGGUGCAGUAGGGGUAAUAUCUUAUUGAUCCAGUGUUAUACUCCAAGGGGAAACCUAAACUAAACUAAUUUUAUCUAUACUGGAUAGCUCUGUCAGUUCUAAACUGUUCUCCCUAGAGAUCCAGUAAGAAUCAUCUCUUAUUGAUCCAGUGUUACUACAGGAGGAAACGUAAACUAAACUAACUUUAUUUAUAAUGGAUAGCUCUAUCACUUCUAAAGUGUUCUCCCUAGAGGUUUAGUAAGCAUCAUCUCUUAUUCAUCCAGUGUUACUACAGGCGAAAACCUAAACUAACUUAAUUUAUCCAUCUUGUCUGUUUAGAACCAUACUAGAUUGAACAAGAUUGCCAGUGUCCUGUAUGAUUAUCCUGGUACAAAUGGAAUUGUUAUCGUCAUUGAUCACAUACUUCCGGUUGGUAUAACUUGAGUUACAUGAUGUACUUCCAUAAAGUAGUUCAUGGUCUGUAUGUCCAAAGGCAGCGUUUGGAUAAGCUUGUACAGGCGUAAAAGUCUCACCGCAAGCCGUCCACAAGUUGUAUUCGCACUGCUUGUCCCAAGUUGUCUGCAGGUUUGCAAACAAGCUGUUAACAACUUGUAACAACCUUGUUGAUAGUAUCAGACAUUUUGCAGAUUUAUAACAUUCUUCUUAUAUCAUGACUGUGCCAGACUUGUUGGAACAACCUUAUAACAAGUCUGAUAAUGCCAUCAAGCUUGUUACAAGUUGUCAACAGCUUAUAACGAGCUUGGUGAUAUUAUCAGACGUGUAGCAAGGCUGUUCCAACAAGUCCGAUACAGUCAUGAUAUAACAAUAUUGUACAAGUUGAUUAAACAGCUUGUAACCAGCUUGUUGAUAUUAUCAGACUUGUAGCAAGGUUGUUCCAACAAGUCUGAUACAGUCAUGAUAUAACAAUAUUGUACACGUUGAUUAAACAGCUUGUAACAAGCUUGUUGAUAUUAUCAGACUUGUAGCAAGGUUGUUCCAACAAGUCCGAUACAGUCAUGAUAUAACAAUAUUGUACAAGUUGAUUAAACAGCUUGUAACAAGCUUGUUGAUAUUAUCAGACUUGUAGCAAGGUUGUUCCAACAAGUCUGAUACAGUCAUGAUAUAACAAUAUUGUACAAGUUGAUUAAACAGCUUGUAUUCAAGCUUGUUGAUAUUAUCAGACUUGUAGCAAGGUUGCUCCAACAAGUCCGAUACAGUCAUGAUAUAACAAUAUUGUACAAGUUGACUAAACAGCUUGCAACAAGCUUGUUGAUAUUAUCAGACUUGUAGCAAGGUUGUUCCAACAAGUCUGAUACCGUCAUGAUAUAACAAUAUUGUACAAGUUGAUUAAACAGCUUGUAACAAGCUUGUUGAUAUUAUCAGACUUGUUGCAAGAUUGUUCCAACAAGUCCGAUACAGUCAUGAUAUAACAAUAUUGUACAAGUUGAUUAAACAGCUUGUAACAAGCUUGUUGAUAUUAUCAGACUUGUAGCAAGGUUGUUCCAACAAGUCCGAUACAGUUAUGAUAUAACAAUAUUGUCACAACUUCGUGUCGUCACCCUUGUGACAUCGUGUUCGUUCGACUCCAACGGCGACAUCAAGUAAUUUGAGCAUGCCUUCAAAGUCAUCAUUCACUCCCAUUUGAACGGAGUCUUUAUACGUGUUAUUGUUUUUAUUUUAUUUUUAGUAUAAGAAACCGCCUCCGGUGACACCUACCCCGGCGACACCUUCGUCUAAGGUAAGUUAUUUUCGAAAGUUUACUGCCCAUGCAACAAGCCCGUAGCUGGCUCUCAAUUUCUGGGGGGCACUGCAGAAAGAAUGUAACAGAGGGUUUGGAGAUGAGGGGUUGAAUUUUUUCUUCUGACAACGACCCCCACCCCCCAGCGUCGUUAACUUUUUAGGUAAAAAAAUUUUCCGGACGAGUACAUUGCAAUUGGUUUCCAGGUCCUUUAUCUCAAUUUUUCAUACCAAAUUUCGGUACUUAGCCCCAAAAAAAUAACAACAUUAACAGCUAUUAGUUCUGCAAAACGUAAUGGGGGGGGGGGGCAUAAUUUCAAUUUUAUUUCCGAGCACUGCACUAUUUCUGGGCACUGCCCCCCUCCCCCUCAGCUAUGGGCCUGUUAAAACAAGCGCCCCUUGGGGAUUUUUUGGCCAGUACAAGCAUGCAUGUGUUUGCAUGUACUUAAUUUUAUUUCUUGUGAUGGACAUUUUGUAUCCUCCUAUGUUUUAAAUGUUCGGAAUUCGUUUGUGAUUAAGUAGAGUUAUUAUAUGUUAAAUGGUUAAAACAGUAGCGAUUGAUACAACGAGUGGAAAGCGUAAUUUAGUAAUAAAAAUUAGUAUAAUUACAUAGGUGAUUAUUGAAAAUUCUCCACGCUGAUUGGUUGCCAUUGAGGUGAUUAUUACGCGAUAAUCACCUGAGCGAUUUUCAAAAUUGCGAUCAAAGCCGUUUUGUCAAUUAAAUGACGAAGAAAUGUGCAUUUUUAAUUAUUUUUUCCCAAAUAAUCACCUAUGAAAUUAUACUAAAACAAUUAUUCGCCUCAGGCUCGGUGAUUAUCGUGAAUAAAAAUUCACAAUUUAAGGAUUUUACCGGGGGAGCUUACCUCGGACACGCCUAAAAGUUCAUUGUAUUCAAUUAUGCAUGGAUAACUUGGGAGUCCAAAUACAUUUUUAAAUAAUAAACAAACCUUAUUGGAACUGACACGUGGUGAAAUCGCCUGGGUGCCACCAGUGAUUUUUUUGCCCCCCCCCCUCCCCUCCUUGGCAUUGAUUAGAAAUUCUGGCUACCUCACUGCACGCAAUCGUCGGUUAUGUAAACUUCUAAUUAAUCUGAUCUAACUAUUUCUAUUCCGGUAUAGCCUACCGCAAACUCAAGCGUCCGGGUCAGUGUCAAGCACGGAAAAGAUGUGAGUAGAUUAUUUAUGCCCUGAAAUUUAGAGUUCUUCCUGUUUCUUCGCUCGCAAUUAUAUUUUUACACCUGAUCAUAUCGAACAAAAAGUCAUUAAAUGGGCAAUCCAGCUAUAGACUAAAUUUUGAUCUAGGCAAGAAGCUUUGAUCACAGGUAGAAAGAGCAUGUUAAAAUUAGUAAGAUUGCAAAGUUUGGUUGCGAAAUGUUGUAAAAUGCGGAAAAUAUAGCCCUGCGAAAUUUGCAAAAUUUGUAUUAAUUUGUAUUACGCACGGGAAAAUGCACCACAUUUGGGCCGAAAGUGGUGCAUGUUAAUCUUGAAACGUCGCUAUUGUCACCACUGGUUAGUUUGAAACGUCACUGUUGCCAUAGCAACGGCAGUUGCGUAACUUUUGUGCAAAAAUUCCAACUCUUUAGAUGUUGUUUUAUAUAAGUAAGGUACCUUUUGUUUAUCAACAAGUAAUAAUUGUCCAAAAAUACGCUUCUAAAUCGUGGAUUUUCCAUUUUUUUAAAAACUGUAUUGAGCCACCUUAAAAACUAUAUCGAGCCACCUUAAAGCACCUUAAAGCUUUUUCAAUCUUUUUCAUUCUGACUCUAGGGAAAUACUGCUGAGAUUAUUGGUGUUGUUUUUGGUGUUGUUGUGGCUAUCAUUAUCAUUGCUGUUGUUAUUUACUUCUUCAAGAAACGACGCAAUUCUUACAAUGUCAAAUACAAUAGGGUACUGUACACUUUCUCCUUAUUCAAACGCAAAAAUCUCACAUCUUGUAACAAAUCUACCAACUAGCCGUCAACAAGUUGUGUUCGCACUGGUUGUCCCGAGUUGUCAACAUAUUUGGAACAACUUGUUAACCGUUGUGACAAGCUUGUUGGUAUUAUGAGACUUGUUGCAAGGUUGUUCCAACAAGUCCGACACAGUCAUGAUAUAACAAUAUUGUUACAACCUUGUUUCGUCAACCUUGUAACAUUCUUGUUAUAUCAUGACUGUAUAAGACUUGCUAGAACAACCUUGUAACCAGUCUGAUAAUGCCAUCAGGCUUGUUACAAGUUGUUAAUAGCUUGUUCCAAACUUGUUACAACAACUGGGAACAAGCAGUGCGAACACAACUUGUCGACAGCUUGUGAACAGAUUUGUAACAACUUGUUUGCAGACCUGUAACAACUUGUACGUGAAUUAACACGUAAAACGUAGUUCUUACAGGCAUGCAGCAAUGUGUUCGCACUGCUUGUUCCCAGCUUGUUGACAACUUUCUAGAAGGUUGUUGAACUCAACAAACUUGUUACAAGUUGUUCCAAUAACUUGUUAUCGUCCUGCAAUUCAACAAUUUGUCAACAAGUUGCGAGUGACAACCUUGUAGCAACUUGAUAAAAUAUCAACAUUGGUACAACUUGUUGACAAGCUUGCUACGUGUCUGUUGCGAACACAUCUGGUCGACAAGUUGUGAGAUUUUUGCUUGUGUAGAUAUUGGUAUCAUAAUUUUAAAAUAGUUUGGAAAAGGACAGGGAAAUAUAUAGUCAAGUUGAAGACAUAGCUCACAAGACUUGGGCAUUAAAGCAAGGUAUAGCCAUAUAAUAGAUCGUGGCUUUUCAAUCAUUUAGAAUUUCGAAAACGUCCUGCUUGAAAGCGAGGGGUAUACUGAAGAAGAUCAUGUUGAUGAUGAUGAAUAUGAACACCAAAUAUUACAGGUAAUAAACAGUCACUAUGGCCGUUAUUUGAUCCAAUGUUACUGCAGGAAAAACCUAAACUAAACUAACUUUAUUUAUAUUGGAUAGCUCUGUAUCAGUUCUAAACUGUUCUCCCAAGAGGUCCAGUAAGGAUCAUCUCUUAUUGAUCCAGUGUUACUGCAGGAAAAAUCUAAACUAAACUAACUUUAUUUAAACUGGAUAGCUCUAUCAGUUCCAAACUGGUCUUCCUAGAGGUCCAGUAAGGAUCAUCUCUUAUUGAUCCAGUGUUACUACAGGAAGAAACCUAAACUAUACUAACUUUAUUUAUACUGGAUAGCUCUAUCAGUUCUAAACUGUUCUUCUCAGGGGUUCAGUAAGGGUCAUCUCUUAUUAAUCCAGUGUUAAUACAGGAGGAAACCUAAAGUAAACUACCUGUAACUUUAAUUGUACUGGAUAGCUCUAUCAGUUCUAAACUGUUCCCCCUAGAGGUCCAGUAACGAUCAUAUAACACUAACGAUCAUAUAACACUAACGAUCAUAUACAGUAACGAUCAUAUACUCACAUGUGGCUGUCGGGAAAUCACGAUGAAAUAUGCAACUGUAUCCCGUACAGCUAUCAAACCCCGGCCACAUUCAUCUACCGACACCACGUUACUCAGUUCAAUGUAAAUCUUGUGUUUUCCAGCAUCCAUCAACGGCGAAAGGGACAACGUUACAAAAUCCCACAUAUGUUGGGAAUGACGCCGAUAUUCCGCACGAUUUAUUGGAAAUGACUGAGACAAGUAGUAGUGUCCCGUUGGUGAGUUUUGAUUUCCACUCAUGCGAUAAUUACGUACUGAACUACGUAGCUUACGUACCGGAAGUACGCCAAUACCGUCGAUUGCAACUAAGCGGAAACAUGUCAUGAGAAAACGCGAUCUAAUUGGCUGCCAAACAUGAUUUGUUUGGACUUCAAACAUCACAUCAUAUGAAACAUGCCUUAGUGAAGUUCUAACAUACUGUAAAUUUGUGAGUUUUGCGUUUAUAGUGGACAAAUUCAGUAUUGUUUGCAAUGUUUGUAAUAACUUUGUUACGUUUUCGCGGGAAAAUAAUUGUAAAACGUCAAAUGUUCCCAGCAAGAUCAUGUAAAGUUUGAAGUUCAAACAUGUUAUGUUUCAUUGUCCAAAUAGAUCACGUUUUCUCAUGACGUGUUCCGCUUAGUUGCAAUCGACGGUAUCACGAUCAGAUACUUAUUUGUCUUCAACCAAGUACCACGUAGGUACACGAUUCUUGCUACUUACAUUUUGCUGAUAUGACCAUACCCAGCUCAAGGUUUUCAAAACCGUAAUUUUAAUUGAAAGUCAAAAGGUUAAAAAAGUCUUAGUGAAAUGAAGUACUAUUUAAAACACGAGCAGGAGUUCUUUAUCAGAUAUAAAUAGACUUGCUAUGAUAAUCUUGUUCUUCUUAAGGUAUACCUCGUGUUUUAGAAACGUUUUAUUCCGUUCGUUUAAUUGUACAAGUUUUUUAUCCGCUUUGUUGCAUUCAUAAUAUUAACCAUUUACUUACCCUCUCCGCAGGCAUGUCUAGGGGGAUUAGCCUGCGAGUGGGUGAGGAUGCUACCAUUCACUUUUGUUUCGUUCUUUUUUUAUUUCAGACGGAACACGACGCCAGCGCUUUGUCAAAAGAAGAAAAAUGUAAGAGUUUUUCGUUUGUUGUUGUUGUUGUUGCUGUCGCUGUUGUCGUUGUUGUUGUUGUUGUUGUUGUUGUUGCUAUUGUUAUUGUUGUUGUUGCUAUUGUUGUUGCUGUUGUUGUCGUUGUCGUUGCUGUUGUUGCUGUUGUUGUUGUUGCUGUUGUUGUUGUUGCUGCUGUUGUUGCUGUUGCUGUUGUUGUUGCUGCUGUUGUUGCUGUUGCUGUUGUUGUUGCUGCUGUUGUUGCUGUUGCUGUUGUUGUUGCUGCUGUUGUUGCUGCUGUUGUUGUUGCUGCUGUUGUUGCUGUUGCUGUUGUUGUUGCUGCUGUUGUUGCUGCUGUUGUUGUUGCUGCUGUUGUUGCUGUUGCUGUUGUUGUUGCUGCUGUUGUUGUUGUUGUUGUUGUUGUUGUUGUUGUUGUUGCUAUUGUUAUUGUUGUUGUUGUUGAUGUUGUUGCUGUUGUUGUUGCUGCUGUUGUUGCUGCUGUUGUUGCUGUUGCUGUUGUUGUUGUUGUUGCUGUUCCAUGAUUUCUUAAGCCUUUAGGUUUCUCGCCAUAUGUAAUUCUAUUUUUAAUUUAUUUGUGUGUAUUUGUUUGUGAAAGUUAUAUUGGUAAAUUAUUAAAUUCAAUUGUCGUUGCGGUUGUUCUCGUUGUUGUUGUUGUUGCUUUUGUUUCUUUUGUUGUUGUUGUUGUUGUUGUUGUUGUUGUUGUUGUUGUUGUUGUUGUUGUUGUUGUUGUUGUUGUUGUUGUUGUUGUUGUGUUGGUGUUGUUGUUGGUGUGCAUUAUAGCAAUGUAAGGCAACAUCUUAGGGUUUAUACGGUUGAAAGGGCGGUUAAAUUAAGAGAUGAGAGAACUGUCAUGCAAAACCUGGUUUGCUGACUCUCAUCGUUUUUCAUCCUUGUUAGAUCACGACUUAAAUUCGUCUUUGCUUUUCAGGUUAAACCUGGCGUUAAUGUGAAUGUUAGAAUUUUUUUCAAGAAGAAGUAAGACGACUUUUUAUCUCAAUCUUAAUUUAAUUUAAUGUGCUGGUAAUACGUAACCUGUUGCAUGAAUAUGCUUUAAUUAUAGAAUAGAUAGUGCACGUCGUUUAGCAAAAAUUUGCCGCCCAAAUAUGCACUAAGGUCAGUAUACAUAUAGUAAGCACCAGUUGUAGUUAGUUUUUGCAUCUGUAAGAGGAGUGUUUAAUUUCUUUACCAGGGGUGUAUAUAGAUACUAUUUGCCACCCCCCCCCCCCCAAUAGUCUUAGGGACCGGUCAUUAUUUAUGGCGGGGUCUAGCACCGAAAAAAUAAAUACCCCUGGCCAAAAACUUUACAAAAGAAUAUUCAGUUGUCACACAUGUCCUUUACCACUUCUGCGACAUGAGUUUGAUAACUGCUUGUGCAAUUUUGUGCAGUGUAAAGUUUCAUGUUGUCUGCACAUGUACUUUCUUUGGAGAUACCAUUUGUCUCCUGACAAAAAUUGGAGAAUGAUCAAGAUAUUGACUCUGAUUGAUUUACAUAUUGUAUUGAUAUGCAUAUGACUGUUGAUAUUGCCUUUUACUCUUCAAUAUUUGAGUGAGUCAUGCUUUGGAAAUGACAAUAAAUUUUUAUUACCCAACCCUUGAGUUGUUUUGUUUUUCAUUUACCCAACCUUUUACUCACUCAAAAUUUUGUUUACCCAACCCUCGUCAUAAAUAAUGUUUGGUCCCAGCUAGGAUUUUAAAUUUUGGGAGUCCUCCUAAAUUUCAAGUUUGUGGAUGCUCCCAAUUACCCGGAAUAGGAAAAUGCAUGGUCAAAGUUGGAAUGGGAGAGGAAAGUGACCCUGCCAAAACUGGAGGUGGUAAAAAGCAGUGGCGUAGCCAGGUGGGGGGGGGGGUACAAUUUGCAGCAGAACUGCCCUUGUGAAAAGCUGAAAUUCGAGCAGAAAAUGGGUGGGGGGGGGGUACGAUGUGUGAAUAAUGAUACCCCUCUGUUCUGUUUACUAAUAAAAGUUGUAGUGUUCCCUAACUAGAAUUCUAAUUCCAGUAAAAAAUGCCUAUGGUUGUUGAAAGCACAUUUGAACUUGAAAUUACGUGCAUAGCAGCAGUCAUGACCAUGUGAGCUUCAUUCUUUUUAUUACAAAAACGAAGACGUCGUGCUAUUUUGCUGUUGUAUUUUCGUGUGCAUUGCAACGUU